GCUCCUAUUCGACCAACCCCGGGAAAACUACGUCACGUCGGCAACUCGCCGCUUUUCCGGCAAGAAACUUUAUUUCCGGCAACGUCUUUCGCUCGCGGUACAAGAGAGGGGCGAACUGGUACGGAAAAGCCCUGAAAGGCGAUAUCUCCGUGCUUGGGAGGCGCGAGAUCCGUUCUGCGGAGAAAUGUGAUCCCUGCAGUGCAUCCGUACAUCAUGAUAUAAAACUGACGAUGACCUCACUGCAGCUAAAUUUCGAUGGACAGCACCGACAGAACGGCCAAUCUGAACCACAAAAACCAUAAUGACGGAUAGAGCAGGGGAAGAUCCACUGGCUAAAGGCCCUGGGCGAUUCCAACAGGCAUCGUCGUCGUCGGAAAUAGAUCCGGAAAAGCCACGACGAGGGCGAAGACAUUCAGUAUCCAGUUCGAGUUCGUCGUCGAGCCUCGAUUCAGACGAUAAAGACGCCGAUGGACAUCGCCCCACCAGCCGCGAGCUGCGGCACUCGAUAUCCCGCUCGCGCAGUCGCCGUUCGUCUCGCGCGCCAGAAGCUACGACCACAGGCCUCUCGCAGCACCUCUCACGCACUCUCUCGAGACGCGACACCGUGCUAUCGCGUAUACGCACGAGACCAAAUGUCCCGCCUUUCAACCAUCCUUUGGCGCACCAGCCCACGACCGCAGAUGUCAUCGUCGACUUCGACGGCCCCGACGAUCCAUACCGCCCGCUCAACUGGCCGACCAAGAAAAAAGUCAUCACCACGAUGCUCUACGGGCUCACCACGAUGAGCGCGACAUGGGCCUCCUCGGCCUACAGCGCCGGCACCGAGCAAGUCAUGCGCGAGUUCCACGUCGGGACCGCAGUGGCCACGCUGGGGACGACGCUGUUUCUCUUCGGCUUCGGCGUCGGGCCGCUCCUCUGGGCGCCGCUUUCGGAGGUCUAUGGCAGGCGCGUUGCGGUACUGACGCCGAUGUUUGUGGCGAUUUGCUUUAGCUUUGCGUCGGCGACGGCGAAGGACUUCCAGACGCUGAUGCUGACGAGGUUUUUUGGCGCGUUUUUUGCGAGCGCGCCGGUUACGAAUACGGGCGGUGUGUUGGGGGAUUUGUUUAGUCCCGCGUGGAGGGGGAUUGCUAUGGCGGGGUAUGCGAUGGCCGUUGUGGGUGGGCCUUGUGUUGGCCCCAUUGUCUCCGCCGCCUUCGUCGUCCAGCCCUCCCUCGGCUGGCGCUGGACCGAGUACUUCACCGGCAUCCUACAAGCUGUCAUCCUCGUCUUCGCCAUCCUCUUCAUCGACGAAUCCUACCCGCCCAAACUCCUCGUCUACAAAGCGCGGCGCCUCCGCCACGAGACCGGGAACUGGGCCCUACACGCCAAGUUCGAAGAAUGGGACGUCAGCAUCGCCGAGCUGGUAAGAAAAUUCCUCGUCCGCCCCGGCCAGCUUCUCAUGACGCCCAUCUGCUUUCUCGUUGCGCUGUACGCGAGCUUCUGCUACGGCAUCCUGUACAUGCAACUCGGCGGCAUCCCGAUCAUCUUCGGCGAAGUGCGCGGCUGGAAACAGCUCCCAGCCACCCUACCGUUCUUAGGGAUGCUGCUCGGCGCCUUCCUCGGCGGCGCGGCGAACGUCUACAACCAACUGCUCUACAACAAAGCCUACCGCGCAGCCGGCAACCGCGCCGUCCCCGAGAAGCGCCUCCCGCCCAUGAUGGUCGGCUCCGUGCUGUUCUCCGCGGGGCAGUUCCUCAUGGGCUGGACGGCCGAUCCGUCGAUACACUGGAUCGCGCCCGUGCUCGGGCUGGUGAUGAUGGGAACGGGGUUUUUUACUAUCUUCCAGGCGGCGCUGAAUUAUUUGGUCGAUACGUUUACGCUGUAUGCGGCGAGCGCGGUUGCGGCGAAUACGUUUCUGCGGAGUUGUUUCGCCGGCGCGUUCCCGCUCGUCGUGGGACCCAUGUAUCAUAAUAUUGGCGUGGGGCCGGGGAGUAGUGUUACGGGGGGCUUUGCGGCGCUGCUUAUUCCCGUGCCGUUUGUGUUUUAUGCGUAUGGGAAGAGGAUUCGGAGGGUGAGUAGGUGGAGUCGGGGGAGUGUGUAUGAUUGAGGAAGGAGAGGGGGGUAGAAUGGGAAUGAGGGACUCGAUGGGAUGGCAGAGCCCCUUGGGCAUUGAUGUCCUUCUUCUACUUCACCUCUUUACUUACUCUCUCUGACGCCUUGGCUCGACAUCAGCCAUGCCAAGUCACGAGGCCGAAGAGUUUCUUGCCCGGCGACAAACGAGCGCGAAGUAUCUCCGCGAUUCCAUCCAUCCUCUAUCGCCAAAAUCCUCUUCCUUCUUCCGCACGAACAAAAAGGGAAGAAAUUAGCCGCUCGCUGUGUUUCGCACCGUUGCUUAGCUCAACGUCCACGGAAGGCGUGUAUGGCAUCUGCUGUGGGGGCUGGAGGAGGGGACAAAA